AUGUUGGCAACUGGAAACAAAGCGCACAAAGUUGCAACACUAAUGGAGGCUCUUGGCUCUGAUGAAAUUGACGCCAGCGAGGUCGAGCAAGAGGACCCAUGGGAAAGACCCAUCAAUGAAUUAAAAGAUAUGAUCACUGAAUUAGCAAGGUCAAUGCAAAUGUUAAGUGCAGAACGAGCAACAGCGGAACCAGCUAGUAUGCCACAACGCGUUGAGACAACACAGGAAUCCAGCUCACGUUCAACAACACAACAAGCAUCAACGUACAAAAUUCAAGACAUCGUGGGAAUAUUACCAGAGUUCGACCCAUUGAAGAAGCUAGUUACAGCGCAACAAUUUGUUACUAAAGCUGAGCAACUACAACGAACAUACCUGUGGAACGACAAUUUGCUACUUUUUGCGGCGCAGCAAAAACUUGUAGGUAUAGCGAAGAAUUGGCUUGAUGCGCAACCAGUGUUCCAGUCUUGGACGGAUUUUGUGAGUAUGCUGCUGAAAGAUUUUCCGUGUAUAGUAAACUCUGCGGAAAUUCACAGGGAACUUGGCCGACGCAAACGGAAACCAACCGAGACGUUUAUAGAGUAUUAUUAUGCGAUGAUGACGCUCGGAAGACGUGGCAAAUUGGACGAUGCGUCCAUUAACUUUUAUACCAUCAACGGUAUAAACGAUAUGCAGACGACACGUACGCUACUAGCAAUGAACCUGAUCACCAGCAACGAACUGCUGCACUCAUUGGAAAAUCUGCAGACAAUUCAAUCACCCACUACUACACAGCAAAAUGCAACAACAACAGUUAAGACAAACGCAUAUACAUCAAGUGGAGGGCAACCUCCAAGAUCGUUAAAAUGUUUUAACUGUAACGAAUACGGACAUGUCGCCGUUAAAUGUCCGCAUCCACAAAAGAAGCAACGCUGCACUAAAUGCACGAAAGUGGGCCACGACGCAAAGGAUUGUCGCGCCAAUAUGAAACCAAAUGUAGCAGAAAUCGGGGAGUCUAAAUCAACUUCACAAGUUCCACCUAUAAUUCAACACGUUACUAUUGAGGGUAAAUUGUACGACGCCUUGGUCGACACGGGCAGCGACCAUUCAUUAAUAAGCGAAGCUGUAAUACCAACUACGAUUCAAUGCGCUCCGGCAUACAAACGUUUUAAAGGGUUUGGCGGAUCGAUUGUCGAGUCAACGCGAAGGGCCGAAGUGAAGUUGCAGAUAAACAACGAAUAUGUCAACGCAAACUUAUAUGUGGUUCCAGACCACGCACUUGGCUAUGACUUAUUGUUAGGGCGAGAUGUACUGUGUGGCCAAAAUAAACGUUUGGUCAUCGACAAUGGAUCGCUACAAUUACAAGUUAAGUCGGACACGUUUAAAAUCAACGAUCAGCUCAACGAUGCCCAACGAACUGAUAUACAAACGCUUUUACACGAAUACCAAAAUUGUUUUGCUGAAGAUGUGUCAACGCUGGGUAGAUGUAAUACUACCACGAUGGAAAUUAAAGUUACAAUACCGGGGCCAAUAGUCGGAAAACGCUAUCAGGUUCCACUAUCACAAGAAAGAGAGCUAACGGGAAUUCUAAACAAUUUAUUGGCAAAUGAAAUAAUACGUCCUAGUACAUCACCUCACGCGGCAUCGGCACUUUUGGUACGCAAAGCUAAUGGUGAAAAUCGAAUGUGCAUCGACUACAGGGCAUUGAACGCGGUUACUGUACGGAAGAAUUUCCCAAUGCCAGUUGUAGAAGAGCAACUAUUUAAACUGGCUGGUGGCAAGUUUUAUACAACACUCGACAUGACAUCGGGCUACUACCAGAUUCCAAUGAAAGAAAGUAGCAAGGAAUACACUGCAUUCCUCACGCAGAUGGACUGUUCGAAUACAAUGUCAUGCCGUUUGGUCUGGUCAAUGCACCAAUGUUUUUCCAGGAAAUGA